AUGGUAUCAAAACAGGCUUACCAUGUCAACCAACAAGGAGAGAAUCGAAAACCUGGAGCUCAGUACCUGGAGCUCAGUGCCGCAACAUACAAGACCACCGAGUCACAUGGAAGAGAAAGAGGAGGCCGAAGAUAUUUGGGUUUCACAAGUUUGCAUUACCCGGGGUACCCAGUAAGCCUCACGGGUCCUUUCCGCGACAAUGUGCGGAUUUUCCUUGAAGAAUGUGCAGAGCCUGAAGACUAUUACGUGGGAGGAAUGCCCAUCUGGUGUACUCUUCUGGUUCAGAGAACAAAAGCUUUGCUCUUCCUCUUUACACCAUUGAAGAGAAUAGAAAUCAUGGAUCUUUGGGAUCGCAUUUGCAACAUUCUUCGAGCCCGAAAAAUCACUGUUAAGGAUUUGUCAAAAAAGCGGUGUAUGGAUCUUCGGCUACUUCAUGGAAUUGCUUAUGGGCAUUCAUGGUUUGGGAGGUGGGGCUAUAAGUUCUUCCGUGGAAGUUAUGGGAUGACACAACACAGUUACUAUAGAGCAAUUGAAAUUAUCAGUUCUUUGGAAGUUGAUAAAGUUGUAUCAGAAUUUGGGAAUGAAGAAUUCAGUAGGGAAAUCAAACAGAUUAUUAGUCAUUAUAGAAAUAAGAGUGAAGCUCAGUUGAUCACCUUGAGGUAUCUUCUGAGGUUUAUGCUCACAGUCAAAUCAUGUUCUCUGUCACAAAACAGAUUGGCCAUGACUAUUACAGAUGGUCCAUCUCUUAUGCUUAAUUCUUCAAACCGAACAACCCUGGAAAAGCACACUCUAGUACGGAAGGAACAAAAGGUCAUAAAAUAUAGAAGAUUCAGUACUAUGGUGAGUUCUCUGGGUAGCGGAUGGCCUGUGAGAAGGCUAGAAUUUGCAGCAGAGGUGAUUGUGGAGGCGUUGAAGGAGAAGAAAGCUGCCAAAUUUGGUUGUGGUGGGAUGACUCGACAAGAUGUGAGAGAUGCAGCUCGGAUGCGUAUUGGAGAUACUGGGUUGCUGGAUUAUGUGCUGAAGUCAAUGAACAAUGUGAUUGUUGGACGCUACAUUGUUCGCCGUGCAGUAAAUCCAGCAACUUGAAUUUUGGAAUAUACAACUCCUGAACUUGCUGAUGGUUUCAGGACCAAAGAAUCAGAACCAGAAGUAGUUCAAGAGCGGAUUCGAGGUCCUGCUUUGGUGCCAGGAAUUGAUGUGUAUAGCGAUGUUACUGUACCGUAUACAAAUCUUUUGCUGAAUUAUCCAGAAUCAGAAACAGUGGAAACGUCAGUUCAAACAGUUCUGGACAGCAAGCACUUUGUUAAAGAUUGGUCCUUCAGAGACGAUAAGGAACAAUCAUUGAUAGUUUUUUAUCAAGUGAAGCCAAGUUUGAUUGAUUUAGAGCCUACAAGCGCUAAGGAAUUACUGCCAGGUGAAUUGGUUGUGGUUCCAUAUCAUGUCACAUUGUUGGACCUAAAGAAAUCUAUUGCAAAUGCACUAAGGGACACCUACUAUGGUAUGGAUAGAUUUGUAGUGACAGAUAUAGAAAAUCUGGAAGAGAUGGAGGACAGGCAGAUGCUUUCUGGGAAAGUUGAAUCGGGUGCUCAACUUGUCGUGAGAGGAAGUGGGAUAGACUUGGGUUCCAAGUUUAGGUAUCCAGGUGGUACUGAGAAUUGGAUGGAGAGAUGCGCAUGUGGAGUCCAAGACGAUGAUGGUGAGAGGAUGGUGGCUUGUGACCUUUGCGAGAUUUGGCAACACACACGCUGCUGUGGAAUUGAGGAUUCAGUUCUGCCACCACUUUUUAUCUGCUUAAGCUGCUGUGAUGGAUUAAUUAAAUACUGCCAGAAGCUCCAACACGAAGUUGGCAAUAGCAAAGAGCUGCUCCAAAGUUGCCUGCAAAAAUAA